GGAGCAGGCGCCGCCGCGCCAUGGAUCCCGAGUGAGCGCGCGCGGGCCCGUCCGGCCGCCGGACAACAUGGAGGCGGCGCCGCCCCGGCCGGCCCGGCCGCCGCCGCCGCUGCUGCUGCUGCUGGCGCUGUGCUGCGGCCUGGCCCCCGCCACGGCCUCGCCGCUCCUGCUGUUUGCCAACCGCCGGGACGUGCGACUGGUGGAUGCCGGCGGGGUCAAGCUGGAGUCCACCAUCGUGGUGAGCGGCCUGGAGGACGCGGCGGCCGUGGACUUCCAGUUCUCCAAGGGCGCCGUGUACUGGACAGACGUGAGCGAGGAGGCCAUUAAGCAGACCUACCUGAACCAGACGGGGGUGGCCGUGCAGAACGUGGUCAUCUCCGGCCUGGUGGCGCCCGACGGCCUGGCCUGUGACUGGGUGGGCAAGAAGCUCUACUGGACCGACUCGGAGACCAAUCGCAUCGAGGUGGCCAACCUGAACGGCUCGUCGCGCCGGGUGCUGUUCUGGCAGGACCUGGACCAGCCGCGGGCCAUUGCCCUGGACCCUGCUCACGGGUACAUGUACUGGACGGACUGGGGGGAGACGCCACGGAUCGAGCGGGCGGGCAUGGACGGCAGCACACGCAAGGUCAUCGUGGACUCGGACAUUUACUGGCCCAACGGGCUGACCAUCGACUUGGAUGAGCAGAAGCUGUACUGGGCAGAUGCCAAGCUCAGCUUCAUCCACCGUGCCAACCUGGACGGCUCCCUCCGGCAGAAGGUGGUGGAGGGCAGCCUGACGCACCCCUUCGCGCUGACACUGUCUGGGGACACCCUCUACUGGACGGACUGGCAGACCCGCUCCAUCCACGCGUGCAACAAGAGGACCGGGGAGAAGAGGAAGGAGAUUCUUAGUGCCUUGUACUCGCCCAUGGACAUCCAGGUGCUCAGCCAGGAGCGGCAGCCUUCCCUGCACACCCGAUGUGAGGAGGACAAUGGUGGCUGCUCGCACCUGUGCCUGCUGUCCCCGAGGGAGCCAUUCUAUGCCUGUGCCUGCCCGACUGGGGUGCAGCUGCAGGACAAUGGGCGCACGUGUAAGGCAGGGGCGGAGGAGGUGCUGCUGCUGGCGCGGCGCACAGACCUGCGGAGGAUCUCGCUGGACACGCCGGACUUCACGGACAUCGUGCUGCAGGUGGAUGACAUCCGGCAUGCCAUUGCCAUCGACUACGACCCGCUGGAGGGCUACGUGUACUGGACCGACGACGAGGUGCACGCCAUCCGCCGGGCCUACCUGGACGGCUCAGGGGCCCAGACACUGGUCAACACUGAGAUCAACGACCCCGAUGGCAUCGCCGUCGACUGGGUGGCCCGGAACCUCUACUGGACCGACACGGGCACCGACCGCAUCGAGGUCACGCGCCUCAACGGUACCUCUCGCAAGGUCCUGGUGUCUGAGGACUUGGACGAGCCCCGCGCCAUUGUGCUGCACCCCGUGAUGGGCCUCAUGUACUGGACAGACUGGGGGGAGAACCCCAAAAUCGAGUGUGCCAACCUGGACGGGCAGGAGCGGCAUGUACUGGUCAACACCUCCCUUGGCUGGCCCAAUGGCCUGGCCUUGGACCCACAGGAGGGCAAGCUGUACUGGGGUGAUGCCAAGACGGACAGGAUCGAGGUGAUCGGCGUGGACGGGACCAAGAGGCGGACCCUCCUGGAGGACAAGCUCCCGCACAUUUUCGGGUUCACGUUGCUGGGCGACUUCAUCUACUGGACGGACUGGCAGAGGCGCAGCAUCGAGAGGGUGCACAAAGUCAAGGCCAGCCGUGACGUCAUCAUCGACCAGCUGCCUGAUCUGAUGGGGCUCAAGGCCGUCAACGUGGCCAAGGUCGUCGGCACCAACCCGUGCGCGGACAGGAAUGGCGGCUGCAGCCACCUGUGCUUCUUCACGCCUCGUGCUACCAAGUGCGGCUGCCCCAUCGGCCUGGAGCUGCUGAGCGACCUGCAGACCUGUGUCGUGCCCGAGGCCUUCCUGCUGUUCACCAGCCGAGCUGCCAUCCACAGGAUCUCCCUGGAGACUCACACCAACGACGUGGCCAUCCCACUCACGGGGGUCAAGGAGGCCUCGGCGCUGGACUUCGACGUGUGCAGCCACCACAUCUACUGGACGGAUGUCAGCCUGAAGACCAUCAGCCGUGCCUUCAUGAACGGCAGCUCCGUGGAGCAUGUGAUUGACUUUGGCCUCGACUACCCCGAAGGCAUGGCCGUCGACUGGAUGGGCAGGAACCUUUACUGGGCCGACACCGGGACCAACAGGAUCGAAGUGGCCCGGCUCGAUGGCCAGUUCCGGCGGGUGCUGGUGUGGAGGGACUUGGAUAACCCCAGAUCGCUGGCCCUGGAUCCUGCCAAGGGCUACCUCUACUGGACCGAAUGGGGCGGCAGGCCGAGGAUUGUGCGGGCCUUCAUGGACGGCACCAACGGCGUGACGCUGGUGGACAAGGUGGGCCGGGCCAACGACCUCACCAUCGACUACGCCGACCAGCGCCUGUACUGGGCCGACCUGGACACCAACAUGAUCGAGUCGUCCGACAUGCUGGGUCAGGAGCGGGUGGUGAUUGCUGACGACCUCCCGCACCCCUUCGGCCUGACGCAGUACAGCGACUACGUCUACUGGACCGACUGGAACCUGCACAGCAUCGAGCGCGCCGACAAGACCAGUGGCCGCAACCGCACCCUCGUCCAGGGCCACCUGGACUUUGUCAUGGACAUCCUGGUGUUCCACGCCUCCCGCCAGGGCGGCCUCAACGACUGCACGUACAGCAACGGCCAGUGCGGGCAGCUGUGCCUCGCCGUCCCUGCUGGCCACCGCUGCAGCUGCGCCUCCCAUUACACCCUGGACCCCGACACCCGCAACUGUAGCCCACCCACCAGCUUCCUGCUGUUCAGCCAGAAAUACGCCAUCAGCCGUAUGAUCCCUGACGAGCAGCGCAGCCCAGACCUUGUCCUGCCGCUGCACGGGCUCAGGAACGUCCGGGCCAUUACCUACGACCCGCUGGACAGGUUCAUCUACUGGGUGGACGGGCGCCAGAACAUCAAGCGUGCCAAGGACGACGGGACCCAGCCCUCCGUGCUGACCUCGCAGAGCCAGAACCCGGACAGGCAGCCGCACGACCUGAGCGUGGACGUCUACGGCCGCGCGCUCUUCUGGACGUGCGAGGCCACCAACACUAUCAACGUGCAGCGGCUGAACGGCGAGGCCAUGGGUGUGGUGCUCCGAGGGGACCGUGACAGGCCCAGGGCCAUCGUGGUCAACGCUGAGCGGGGGCAUCUGUACUUCACCAACAUGCAGGAGCGAACGGCCAAGAUCGAGCGGGCGGCCCUGGACGGCACGGAGCGCGAGGUCCUGUUCACCACGGGCCUCGUCCGCCCUGUGGCCCUCGUGGUGGACAACGCGCUGGGCAAGCUCUUCUGGGUGGACGCCGACCUGAAGCGCAUUGAGAGCUGCGACCUGUCAGGAGCCAAUCGCCUGACCCUGGAAGAUGCCAACAUCGUGCAGCCUGUGGGCCUGACCGUGCUGGGCCGGCACCUCUACUGGGUCGACCGCCAGCAGCAGAUGGUAGAGCGCGUGGAGAAGACCACGGGGGCCAAGCGGACGCGCGUCCAGGGCCGCGUGGCCCACCUCACGGGCAUCCACGCUGUGGAGGAAGUCAGUCCGGACGAGUUCUUGGCCCACCCGUGUGCCCGGGACAAUGGCGGUUGCUCGCACAUCUGCGUUGCCAAGGGUGACGGGACGCCGCGGUGCUCCUGCCCCGUCCACCUGGUGCUCCUGCAGAACCUGCUCACCUGCGGAGAACCACCCACCUGCUCCCCCGACCAGUUCGCCUGUGCCACGGGGGAGAUCGACUGUAUCCCAGGCGCCUGGCGCUGUGACGGCUUUCCCGAGUGUGACGACCAGAGCGACGAGGAGGGCUGCCCAGUGUGCUCGGCCGCCCAGUUCCCCUGUGCACGGGGCCAGUGCGUGGACCUGCGGCUGCGCUGUGACGGCGAAGCCGACUGCCAGGACCGCUCCGACGAGGCCGACUGCGACGCUGUCUGUCUGCCCAACCAGUUCCGCUGUGCCAGCGGCCAGUGUGUGCUCAUCCGACAGCAGUGCGACUCCUUCCCUGACUGCAUGGAUGGCUCUGACGAGCUCAUGUGUGAAAUCACCAGGCCGCCGUCGGACGAUGUGGUGGCCCACAGCAGUGCCAUCGGGCCCGUCAUCGGCAUCAUCCUUUCCGUGUUUGUCAUGGGCGGGGUCUACUUCGUGUGCCAGCGUGUGGUGUGCCAGCGCUAUACAGGUGCCAAUGGGCCCUUCCCGCACGAGUAUGUCAGCGGGACCCCGCACGUGCCCCUCAAUUUCAUCGCCCCUGGCGGCUCACAGCACGGCCCCUUCGCAGGCAUCUCCUGCAGCAAGUCCGUGAUGAACUCCAUGAACCUGGUGGGCGGUCGGGCCGGGGUGCCCCUCUACGACCGGAACCACGUCACCGGGGCCUCAUCCAGCAGCUCGUCCAGCACGAAGGCCACGCUGUACCCGCCGAUCCUGAACCCGCCGCCGUCCCCUGCCACGGACCCUUCCCUGUAUAACAUGGAUGUGUUCUACUCUGCAAACAUUCCGCCUGCCGCCACACCCUACAGGCCCUACGUCAUCCGGGGCGCGGUGCCCCCAACCACACCCUGCAGCACGGACGUGUGCGACAGCGACUACAGCGCCAGCCGCUGGAAGUCCAGCAAGUACUACCUGGACCUAAACUCGGACUCUGACCCCUACCCGCCCCCGCCCACGCCACACAGCCAGUACCUGUCGGCCGAGGACAGCUGCCCGCCGUCGCCCGCCACCGAGAGGAGCUACUUCCAUCUCUUCCCACCCCCGCCCUCCCCCUGCACGGACUCGUCCUGACCUCGGCCCCUCAGCACCCCUGUACAUAGUUUUAAAUAUGAACAAAGAAAAAAAUAUAUUUUAUGAUUUAAAAAAAAAGAAAUAUAAUUGGGAUUAAAAAAAUGAAAAAUGUGAACAGUGAUGGGUGGGCGGGGCUGGGAGAACUUUGUACAGUGGAGAAAAUAUUUAUAAACUUAAUUCAUUUU